AGGUCUUAUGAAUGAUUUAUCUUGACGAAUGACCUCUCCAAAAGCUCGUAGCUCUUUAAUUUAUUCAAUGCUCAAGUACGCAUUGCAGUCAUUGUCAGUUUCGGCCAGUAUAAAUACCUCGGUGCUCUACCUGAUUGUUAGACAACUCCCAAAGUUCGAGUAGUAAACUACUUACGACUAAAAAAAACAAUAUGCAGAAACUCAUCGUUUUCACCGCCUUCCUGGCCUGCGCUGCCGCCGCUCCCGGGCUCCUAGUCGCCCACGAGGCUCCCGUUGUCCACUCCGUGCACGCCAUCCCCGUGGUGGGCUCCAAGACCACCAUCACCAAGAGCAGCCAGGUCGUCAACCACGGCAGCCCCGUCGUGCACGCCGUGCACACCCCGGUCGUGCAUGCUGCGCCCGUUGUGUCCGUACACUCUGCUCCCAUCGUCCACGCCGCCCCCGUGGUGCACGCCGCCCCCGUCGUCCAUGCCGUCCACGCCGCUCCUGUCGUGCACGCCGCUCCCCUGGUCUUGAAGACCGCUCCAUCCGCCAUCACUCACAGCAGCUCAGUUGUUCACCACGGACAUGUCGUCAAGUCAGUCCCCCUGAUCGCUGUCCAUCAUUAAUCGGAUAUUUAGAAUAAAAUAAUAAAUUACUUAUU